AUGUCUGAUCCGGCCCUGUCCACCACCAUCGGUUCCAACGCCAUGGGCCCGGAUUCCUCCUCCACCCCGACGGCCCCGCGACUCUCGCCCGCGGAGGGCUCCGAGACGCCGCGCCCGCCAGGCCAAUCACACACCGCUGCCAGCGGCAGCGGCAUCGGGGGAGGCAGCGGCCGAAAGAUAGAGCGCUCGUGUAACCUGUGCCACCGGCGCAAGAUCCGCUGCGACAAGAAGUCGCCAUGCUCGUCGUGUGCGCGCGGCGGGUUCCCGUGCUUUUAUCCGCAGGCCGGCCAGCCGAUCCGCCGGGUCCGAAAGACGACCAUCGCGGACGUGGCCAGCCGGAUCUCGGACCUGGAGAAGACGCUCACGGCGGGGGUGGGGCGGGACCAGCUCCGGGUCAGGUCGCCGCCGGUCGCGUCGUCGUCGGCGGCAGAUACCCCGGGGCUGGGUGGUGUCUCGUCGGGGUGGGAUACGGGGAGAUCUGUCUAUGACAGGCCGGCUACGGCGCCUUCAUCUGGGUCUCAUGCGAAGAGCCCCGGUGACGAGAUUUUGGUGAGGAAGGGGACGCAGAGUCAGUACUUUGAUGAGGUGCUCAUCUCACGGGUCAUUGAGGAGGCGGCGCCAUCACCAUUCAACCCCAUGGGCAUCUUGUCAAGUCCAGAUCUCAAACUAGAUCUAACAGAGCUGCUCCCACCCAAGUGGGGUGCGAUUGAGCUGUGGAAGAACUACGCCGAGAACAUUGAGCUGUGUAACAAAAUCAUACACAGACCGACGGCGGAAGUGUUGAUCUACACGGCGAUAGACGACCCCGCCAAUGCUUCCCUCGAGGCUCUGGCCCUCAUGUUCUCCGUCUUCUUCGUCUCCACCGUCGUGCUUGACCCAAGUACGAUCCAGAAGAUCACCGGAGAGGAUAAAGUGACAGCCCUUCACCGAUACAAGACGGGUCUAGAGCAAGCAUUCGCCAAGGCCGACUUUCUGGAGCAUCCCUCUGUCAGGCUUCUGGAGGCUUUGUCUAUCUACCUGGCAGCCCUUCGGAUACACAACCCAGGCCGCGGCCUAUGGACUCUCAACGGUCUCGCCAUCCGAGCCGCGCAGUCCAUCGGCCUGCACCGCGACGGCACGCGCCUCGGCCUCUCCGUCUUCGAAUGCGAGAUCCGCCGGCGGCUGUGGUGGCAUCUCGUCGCCCGCGACGGCAGGGCGUCGGAGGACUACGGCAUCCAGAACCCGACCUGCUUCAACCUCAGUGUCGGCGUCAACUACCCCUCCAACCUCGACGACAACGACCUGUACCCCGAGAUGAAGGAGCUCCCGCCGCCGAGGCCUGGCUGGACGCCAAUCACGCUGGCGCUGAUCAACAUCCAGAUCUCGCGCGCGUGGCACCGCCUGGCGGCGAUUGCGUCCGAGUGGAAGGAGAAGCCCGUCCCGGAGUCGGUGCGGACGCAGAUUGUGGAUGAGCUGAGGGACUAUGCGGAGGGGUUCUUGAGGCACUGUAACCCUGUGAUCCCGCACCAGAGGCAGUGCUUGCUUGUGGCGAGGUUCAUUAUUCGAAAGGUUGACUUGGUGACGAGGCAGCAGUGGCUGAAUUUGGAGCACCCCGAGGCGAGGGAGUCGUUUGCCACGGAGGAGAAUCUAUUGCAGGCGUUGGGUAUCCUGGAAGAUGGGAUGAGCCUCGCGUCGGAUGAGUUGCUGAGGCCGUAUCGCUGGAGCAUGAGGGCGUAUCCGCAGUACCACAUGAUUCUAUAUGUCCUGUGGCAUCUGUGCGUGAAGCCCGAAGGGCCGAAUGUGGAGAGGGCGUGGAAGGCGUUGGAGUACUCAAUGGAUCAUGUGAGGAAUGUCGGCACUGGAUCGGGCCCGGCUGCGAAGAUGACUGUGCUCGAGGCGUUGAGAGAGAAGGCUUUGGCGAUUCGCCAGGGUAUUGCUAGUGGUGGAGAGAAGGAGAAGGAAAAGGAGGCCUAUCCCACUCCCGGGGCGACUGAUGAGAGGUCAGAGGUUGAAGGCGCGGAGGGGGUGUUGGACGGGAUGAAUGGGAUGAAUGGAGUUGAUGGGAUGGAUUGGAAUACCGUCAUGCAGGACUUUCCGGAUUGGAGCACAUUGAUGACGGAGUUUCAGAUGGAUGGACUGGCUUUUCCAAAUUUUCUUGACUAA